AUGCCAUCAACCAGUGUGCCCGAGGCCGCCCCUCUCGCCGACUAUUUCUGGAUAGCCGGCGUGGACGGAUCUGAGGUCCUGGACACUUAUCGCCGCCUAGGUGAUGACUACCGCAUUAACGGCGCUGCUUCCCCCGGUCCCGCUUUCACAGACGCCAUCCAGGAAGAUGCCGACGCAGAAGAGGAACACCUGCCCCCCGGCACCUCGCGGCCCAGUUCCACCCUGUUUACUGGGAACAGCUCCAGUGGUCGCGGCUCGUCGCAACGUCUUUCCACACUGUCCCGCGACUCCGAAGGCCAAGCCAAUGGCACCGCCAGCAACCGGAGCAGUAUGACCGUCAAGGGAGGCUCGUCGCCUGCGCGCGGCUCGACUCUCUUCGGCGACGAUUUUGAUUUUGAUCAAGCGCUUGUAAAGUUUGCUUCGGAGCGAGAUACCUUCUUGACUGAUUUGAGUCUGAGUGCCGGCGCCAUCACCAAUAAUUCCCGCCCACGGUCGCGCGUGCGCACCCAGAAGAUUGUCGCGGAGGACUCGCCCUCUCAAGGGUCGAAUCUGCUUCGUUCGGGCAUUGGGAGUGUUCGCCGUCAUAUGGCCUUUCGCGAUUUGAAUAGUAUGAAGAGGCAGCCGUCAAUUGCUCGUCAUGCUUCGGUGCGCACCUCCCGACGACUCAGUAACUACAACUCGGUCAUCCCCGUCCCACAACCUCUCGAAAUUUCCCCUACAAUGCAUCCUUUGAAACGCCGCUUUGAACCUGUCUUGCUCGACCGAUACCCCACCCGAGGAAUGACAGAUGAGUUAAAGCAGCGCGGGAACUUCCCGGACUAUGUCCCCAUGUUUGCAUUCCCCAACGAUAUCAACAUUGUUUCCUCCGAUCAACGGCCGCGCUCGACAUGGCACGGGUUUGCCAUGACAACAGAAAAUGGCUCGAAGCUGCACGCGAUCUGUGUGAUUAUGUGGAUUCCGUUGAAUUCGCAAGCUGCGGACGAAUUAGAAAAGCGCUGUGAGGAAUGGCGAAAGGAUAAUAUGACAGACGAGGAACGGGAGUUGGCUGCAAGUCUCGGCGAGCGACUUGCACAGGAGCGGGCCAAGCUGUCUCAGCUCCUGGCCCAGUUACCGAACGUGCAAUCAGGAUCCGAGUCUCGAGAACGGCUCGAGGACGAGAUCAGCGCGGUAGAGGAGAAGAUCGGACUCAUGAAUGAUCUCCUGCGACCGGUCCGGCACGGUGCAGCCUCAAAAAUUGAGGGCCUCACGGAUGGUGACACCGGGUUUUGGAUUCCCCGCGCUUACGGAAUUCUGGGCCGCGAAGCCAACAUGACCAGCUUCUGGAAAGAGUGGUUAAAGGCGAUUGUGGUGCCUAUGACCGAAGGUGGGAUCCAGCGCGUGCCGCCGAGCUCACCCCGAAUGGGCAUGUGGCAACCGAUCGAGCGCUAUGUAAUGAACCUCUGCACCGAGGCAUUCUGCCCUGUUUCUUCCAAAACUCAGGUUGAACUCGCAAUCCGUGAGCUGCGGCUAUUCGCCCGACAGGAGGCGUCCAAUGAGCUUCCUGGCUCCCGGAACACGGAUCUCUAUGCCUUGUUCCGCGCUCUCUCCGUGCCUAAUAUCCUUAUCCUCUUCGAGUACGCCUUGACCGAGUCGCGUAUUAUUUUCCUAUCAUCACACACCUCGAUGCUCUACCUUGCGACGAGGGCGCUGGUCGACCUUUUGUUCCCCAUUGAGUGGACCGGUGUUUUGAUUCCCGUUCUCCCAGCUCGCUUGGUACAAGCUAUCGAGGCGCCUUGCCCUUACAUAGUGGGCAUCGAGCGUCGUUAUGAAAAGGUGGAAUUGCCGACAGACGACUUCGUGUUGGUAGACUUGGAUAACGAUAUGAUUGAAAGUACCUUGCAACCAACCCCUCUUCCACGACACCAGCGCCGGAAGCUCUUGUCGCUCUUGCAAAUGGCAGCUCCUCACCACAGCCGCUGUGGGGUUCCAACCGGGCCUCCAGCGUAUGCGAUUGAGACCUACCCAUGGGACACCUUUCUGUCCGAAAGUAGUGGCACAUAUUCCUCCAAGGCACCACCCACCAACCUUGCCAAGUAUGUCGGUCUGAAUUCGAACGCGUUCGGUUCAACCGCCGUGGUCCCCGGCUCCUACCAACCCCCAAUCUUCAAUGCCUUCCUGCAUGCUCGUCAUGAGCAGGUAUCUUCCCGUGGGUAUUCCUCGUCUAGGAGCAACGACCGUCCAGGUACCAGCUCUACCGUCAGAGCAGGAGCUUCUCCCCCUUCCCCUAGAGAGAGCUCCCCCACUUCUGGUCAUUUCCCUCCUCCUCCGCCUACUCCUUCUUCGCGAAAUGAUUCCGGUAUGGCUCUCCAGGCUUCGCUACGCGAGAAACGAUCGGGCCACUUCGAUUCUGCAUCCCGAAGAAGCUCCUCGUUUGGUAUGACCCGUCGUCCCAGCGCGCCAUUCCUCGGCCACGCAUCUAACUUGUCGGUCACGACCCUCAACACCGAUAAUGGAGGAUCGACCUAUGCUCCAUCUGUGUAUGCCCAGUCGACGAUUGCCGCUUCAACUAUCGUGCCACAAGCUUCCGCACAGUAUGUCAAUACCACCGAGGGGACUUGCUGGGUUGAAGGACACUAUUUCCAAACACAGCCAUGGGAUGACAAAUUAACGUGUGCCAUCUGUGAUGACCGGGCUGAAGAGGGCAUGUACAAGUGCUCAUCGUGCAAACUGACCGUUCACAACCGGUGCGCGUCCCAAGUUUGCCUGGUCUGCGAUGCAGCCUUCCACCCUGAUCAGAUCCGGGCUGCCUUUGUUAGAUGCUUCGCCAGUUUGCUCUACACCUACAAAAAGUUCCUCACCCCGGCGACUGGCGAAAAGAAGAAAGCAGGUCUUUACUACUCCUUUAACAUGGAGGCAUUCAUGAAAAGUUUGCCGCAUGAUCAGGCCGAAUACAUCGCCCACCUCUCCCAAACGCAAGGAUUCAUGGAGUUCAUCAGUGAACGCGAGCGGACGAACCCAAAGGCCAAGGAUUCCAAAAUGGCACUGUUUGACGAGAUCGUUCUCUCCAAGCGGAACCGUGGCAGAACAUCCAUCUUCUCAGGUCGAUCCACAACGGACUUUUUGUCAGAUACCUCGAACCACCUGUGGCGAACUGCCAGCGCAACUUUCUUUGCCCCAAGCAGUCGUAGCCAGAACAACCUUGCCGCUGACUACAGCCGGGUAGCCCAAAGAGCGCCGGCGAAAUUAGACACGAGCCUGAUGACAGAACCCCGCAUGAUACACGGAGCGCCUCGGGUGUCCAAGACGGCAAAUACUGCCCGAAGGAAACCGCUGCCCAAGCUCAUGAAUGGGCUGGCGAUCUCUCCGCCGAGUUAA